CCAUCACAUCACAACUACAAGAUGAAGAUCGACAAGCUAAGGGUAAGACCAAAGAAGGCCGCUAUACCUGCCCCUUGUGCAGCUGAAUUUGCGACUAUGCUUGCUUGUUGGGCAAGUUCGAACGAUUUGGGAAGUUCAGGAGAAUGCCAAAAGCAUGCUGUGGCAUUGCAAACCUGUCUAAGAACGCAGGGAGGAUCGAAGAGAGUUCCAAAAUCAGCAAUCAACUACCAUCUUGCACGAUUCUCAAAGCAAGUCUAAUCUUGCUUUAGUGAUCUUAAUACAGCCAUUUUUUUACAGGAUCAUCCGAAACAUCUCCGGUAUGCUCGAUUGCUUUGGGAAACCGAAAUCUUGUCGGCAUAUCAAUUAGCAUGAUCCUGCUUAGAUAGUGCACCUAAAUCAAAAACUUGGCCACUCUUGUAAUCCUUUUCCUUGUGCUCUUGCACCUUUGUAUUUGUACUCUUAGCAAUCACACAUUUUUAUCACAUA